GGUAGGACCCACAUAUGAUCCUUCCUCCAUGGAAACAAACUACAUACUUCAAAACUAUCACUAAUUACAUUACUUAAUUAAAAUCUAAUCACAUUAAUUAACAUAAUUAAAUAAAAAUAUCAUAUGAUUUUCCUCUUGAAAAUCCAGAACCAUUCAUCAUUCACCAUAGCUAACUACUCCUUAGAACUCUCCAGAUAGAACACUCUAGACCCCCCUACCCCCUACCCCCCACUCCCUCCACCCCCACCCCCCCACUUCAAUAUAAACCAACAAGCUACAGUGCAUUUCUCAACAAAUCUUGAAAACCCCACACCUUAAUUUUUCAUUUUGCUUACAAUUGACUAACUUUUUCAGCUAUUUUCAAGAAUUAGUGAACACCCUUUAAGUUGUUUAGUGCAAAGAAGGAAGCUAUGGAUGAGGACUUUGAGUUCCCAGUAGACACUAACAAUGUUGCUGCUGAAGAAGAAAUGGGCAUGCAUAUGGAUGAUUUGCCUGAACCCGACCCGAUUAUGAAGGUUGAUGAAGAGAAGGAGAUUGGAAAAAAUGGGAUAAAGAAGAAGCUUUUGAAAGAAGGUGAAGGUUGGGAGAAACCUAAUAAAGGAGAUGAAGUUGAAGUUCAUUAUGUGGGUACAUUGCUUGAUGGAACUCAAUUUGAUUCAAGUCGAGAUCGUGGCACCCCAUUCAAGUUUAAGCUUGGCGAAGGGCAAGUGAUUACAGGGUGGGAUGAAGGUAUAAAGACGAUGAAAAAAGGAGAGAAAUCUUUGUUCACUAUACCUCCAGAAAUGGCAUAUGGUGAAUCUGGAUCCCCUCCUACUAUACCUCUGAACGCCACUCUACAAUUUGAGGUGGAAUUGUUAUCUUGGAAUAGUGUCAAAGACAUAUGCAAAGAUGGUGGAAUUUGCAAGAAGAUACUCGUCGAAGGAGAAGGAUGGCAGAAUCCCAAACACCUUGAUGAAGUGUUUGUUAAAUACGAGGCUCGCCUUGAGGAUGGAACGCUUGUGUCAAAAUCCGAUGGAGUGGAAUUCCCUGUGAAAGAUGGCUAUUUCUGUCCUGCUUUGGCGAAGGCUGUUAAGACGAUGAAGAAAGGAGAGAAAGUUUUACUGACAGUGAAGCCACAAUAUGCAUUUGGAGACACGGGAAAGGCGGCAAGUGGAGACGAAGGUGGUAUCCCGCCAAAUGCCACCUUUCAAAUAAAUCUUGAAUUGAUUUCUUGGAAGAUUGUCUCUGAAGUAACAAAUGACAAGAAGGUUUUAAAGACGAUUUUGAAGGAAGGAGAGGGCUACGAUCGCCCAAAUGAUGGUGCUCUUGUAAAAGUGAAAUUAAUGGGAAAACUUCAGGACGGAACUGUUUUUGUGAAGAAAGGACACGAUGAGGAGGAACCGUUUGAGUUUAAGAUAGAUGAAGAACAAGUAAUCGAUGGAUUAGAUAGAGCGGUGAAAAAAAUGAAGAAGGGGGAAGUUGCUCUGAUAACAAUUCAACCAGAGUAUGCAUUUGGUUCAUCCGAUGCUCCUCAAGAAUUAGCUGUUGUUCCUGGCAAUUCGACCGUGUACUAUGAAGUUGAGUUGGUGUCAUUUGAGAAGGAGAAGGAAUCCUGGGAUGUGAAUACUCAGGAGAAAAUUGAGGCUGCCGGAAAGAAAAAGGAGCAAGGAAAUGUAUUGUUCAAGGCAGGGAAGUAUGUGAGAGCAUCCAAGAGAUAUGAAAAGGCUGUGGGCUUCAUUGAAUACGAUUCCUCAUUCAGUGAUGAUGAGAAGCAGCAGGCUAAACUGCUCAAAGUGAAUUGCAAUCUGAACAAUGCCGCUUGCAAGCUGAAACUGAAGGAAUACCAAGAGGCAGCAAAACUCUGUACUAAAGUCUUAGAGAUUGAUAGUAAAAAUGUCAAGGCUCUGUACAGAAGGGCUCAAGCUUACAUACAACUUGUCGAUUUGGAAUUGGCCGAAUUUGAUAUCAAGAAAGCACUUGAAAUCGAUCCAGAUAACCGGGAUGUCAAGUUAGAAUACAAAGUCCUUAAAGAAAAGAUUAGAGAGUACAACAAGAAGGAUGCUCAAUUUUACGGCAGUAUUUUUGCAAAGAUGAGCAAAUUAGAGCAAAGUGGAGGACCUAAAAAUAUGGCAACACCAAUGGCUAUAGAUAGUGGUGGAAAGCUCAGAACAAUGUCAAGCGUUCGAGCAAAGGCAAAUUCUUGCUGGGCUGCUAUGGUGAUGGCAGUUAUGGCGGGUUGCAGGCGAAUGUCUACUCGUUUAGCCUCAACCAAAGUUGCAGAAGCUCAUUAAGAACAAGUUUAAUUUUCAUAAAUUGUGUUUAUAGAAGUGAAAAUAUUGUAAGUGAAUGGUGAAGAAGAUCAGAAUUUGUAUUGAAUACAUUAAACGUCUGUGUAGAGCAAAAAGUUUGACAUUAUAGACAUUGAAAGCUCUUUGACUCGUGGAUAGAGUUACCCGAUACUUGUAUCAUUCAACAACACCUUAUUAGUUAGCUUGUGGAAA